AUGAUUGAUGACAGCAAAGACAUCUCAGCGUCUGCAGCGCGAGUUGACGAUGGCGCGCCUUCGAUUAGCCCUAAAGCUUCUAAAAUUGAUGUCAGCGGUAGCGUGACCGCCGCUGAGACAUCGUCAUAUAAGGAGCUUGAGGCCUGCAUCAUCCCCACCACUGGGCCCACGGCAAAGCGCAGCAUCGGUGCCCGGCCAUCCUGCUUCAAGAAUACGGCACAGGAGGUGUCGUUCGUGGCGCAGGCAACUAUGGCCAUGGCGACAGGGCCCUUGUUCCAAGGAGCCUGCAGCGUCAUCACGGCGUCGAUCGGACACGACCUAGGCAUGACGCAGGGACAGAUCACAUGGAUAACGGCGUCGACGGCGCUGACCGCAGGCGCCUUCCAGCUGGGGCUGGGCCAGCUCGCUGACCUUUUGGGCCGUAAGGCUCUGUUCAUCAUCGGCAUGGGCUCCUUCAGCGCCUUCUGCCUCUUAGUUGCCUUCGCGCGCACGCCGUUCUGGAUGGACGUAGUGUGCGGCAUAAUCGGUAUCUCCGCCGCCAUGGUCGUGCCCCCAGCCAUCGGUAUCAUGGGUGCCGCCUACUCCGUUCCCUCGAAGCGCAAGAAUCUUGCCUUCUCGAGCUUCAGCGCAGGAAACCCGCUUGGCUUCGUAUUCGGCACGAUCACAGGUGGUGUUGCCACGCAGAUCUUCAAUUGGCGUGCGACGUAUAUUUUCUUGUGUAUCUUGUGGGCUCUCUUCACCAUGCUGGCGGUGUGGAUGGUUCCCAGAGUUGAGGCGUACCCGCCGGGGGAGCCGCUCCGCACAAGGCUGCGCACCUUCGUGUCAACGUUUGACUUCCUCGGCACGUUCCUGACGGUGACGGGCUGUGGGUUUAUCACUGCCGCGAUAACAUUGGGCCCCACGGAUGGUUGGGGCUCUGCACAUGUCGUAGCCAUGCUCGUCGUUGGGGUGAUCAUCCUCACCUGCCUCCCGGGUUUCAUGGCCUUCAGUUCCAGCCAAUUCUGGCUCUCUUUCUAUAUGCAGGAGUUUCUCGGCUUGUCACCGCUGGGAGUUGCGGUGCAACUGCUCCCAAUGGCUAUCGCAGGCAUUAUCUGGAACAUAGUUGCAGGCAACGUGCUGCACCGUAUCAACAACACCCUGCUCUUGGCGGUCGGGGUCGCCUCGUACAUUGGAGGCUCCGUUCUACUCUCUCUCAUGACGCCCCACAGCUACUACUGGGCUAUCGUAUUCCCUGCGCUGGUUCUCUACGUCUGCGGCGCUGACAUACAAUUCAACGUUGCCAAUAUGUACGUGAUGCAAUCCCUGCCUACCCACCAGCAGGGUCUAGCAGGCGGUAUAUUCAACAUGCUCUUCCGCCUGAGUACGGCCGUCGCACUGGGCAUCUCGACCGCGGUCUACACUUCCGUGAAAGGGACCAACGCGGGUAUUGAGAAUCCGAUGCUCCCGUAUACGAAAACCUUUUAUGUCUCAAUUGCCUUGAGCGGCUUCUCUGUCCUGUUUCUCCCCAAAAUGAAGGACAAGGGCGAAAGGAUGGCGGUAGCACUUCGAUCGCUGAAGAGAGGACCAUCGCGGCCGUGA